AAAAGGCAAAACGUAGAGUUGGAGGCAAAAAUAAUGACGCCGUGCUGCUUCAUUCGGAAGGUGACUCUGUAUAGGUACAGGAUUCGAACUACCGGUUAUCGCCCGGCCGGCGGUCAUGAAUUCUGGGGAGAGGUGGAACGAGGGAAAACUGUCUAUUGGGUUUUCUAUGGGGGUGGGUGAAUGACUAUCGUCCAUUGUUUGAACGUUUGUUUCUAUAUCCUAUUCAGAUUGUGGAGAUCUUCACGGCGCUGUGGCUCGAAGUUCUUUCUUUCUUCUCAAUCCAGCCGCUUCAUUCGAGACCACUAUGGCAUCAAGUUCGCAUAGAUAUACCAGUGUUGGUAGCGAAAGCGAUGUCUCCGAAGAAUUAUACAAAAACGAGGUCGAUAACCAAAACGAGGAACAUUCACCACAAUCACAAUGGCAUCGUCCCGCGCGAUCCAAGUCGAUGAAGGUCGCCGCAGCCGCCGUCAUCAUCCUCAGCAUCACCUCCCUCCUCGCAGCCUCAAUCCAAUACAUCGCCUCGCAGCGUAGCAAGCUCCCCACGACCUCCUCCAAGGACGCAGACCCAUACUACAACUUCCGCUACACCACGGACCUCGCCUCGCAAGACGACUACCGCGACCAGCACAGCCGCUGGAAAACCGCCUCGGGAGAAUGGACCUCCUGCGGACACUCCCCACACGAGGCCCUCGAACGCGGCUGCAAGUUCGACAUCAUGUCGGCAGUCUGGAUCCCACAGCCAUGCUACAACGCGACGUUCGCGCACGAGAUCGCCACCCUGCACCACUCCAACGCCACAACGCUCACCACGUCCCCGAAGCACGGCGUCUCCAUGUCGAACUUCACGUGGCACUCUGACGAGUCGCUGUCGCCGGAGUCGCACAUCCGCCUCGAGGACCUCGAGCAGUUCUUCAUCGACAAGUUCGACCGCGGCGAGCGCCUCAUCGCCUACUCCAUCGAGAACUUCCACGUCGCGCACUGCCUGUACAUGUUCCGGGCUGCGCUCAUGGGGCUCGAGAGGGUGGCCGCGGGGGAGCGCGGCGUCUACGUGCACGACGAGGCCAUGGGGAGGCCCCAUGCGAAUCACUGCCAGAACGUGCUGAUGAACUAUGAGAAGUGGAAGUCGGGGGUCGUGGCGCUGGAGUUCGGCAUGGGGUGGUGUAAGAGGGUUUCGUGAUCGGGGGAGAGGGGAGAUUCGUGGA